AACUUCCUGAUCAUGACCCUAUUUUCUUAGUUUACUCUACACAGUCCACAGUCCCUAAACUUACCAUAAAAUUGUUUCCCAAUCUUUCCGCUUCAAUCCAGGAACCCUAAUUUUUUUUCCUAUUCUCUUACUCGAAGAAAUCGCAGAAAAGAAGGAAAUUCACGAAGAUGUCACACUUCGGAAGAGAUGGUCCUCCCGACAUCACCGAUACUUACUCUCUUCUCGUUCUCAACAUCACUUUUCGUACUACUGCUGAUGAUUUGUUUCCAUUGUUCGAUAAGUAUGGAAAAGUUGUUGACGUUUUCAUCCCUAGAGACCGAAGGACUGGUGAUUCGCGUGGUUUUGCGUUUGUUCGGUAUAAGUAUGCGGAUGAGGCUCAAAAGGCUGUGGAGAGGCUUGAUGGGAGGAUGGUGGAUGGUAGAGAAAUAGCUGUCCAAUUUGCGAAAUAUGGUCCGAAUGCAGAGAAGAUUCAAAAAGGAAAGAUUUUGGAGCCUGUUACUAGGAUUAAAAGCCCGAGACGAAGUCAUCGAGAUGAUUACGGUAGAUAUAGAGAUAACAGAAGAAGUCGCAGCAGAAGUUUGGAUAGGUAUAAUCGUGACAGGUAUCGUGGAAGUGGAAGAGACAGAGAUCAUCGCCGUCGAAGUAGGAGUCACAGUUAUACUCCUGAUAACCAUAGAGGUCGGGGUAGAGGUCGUGACAAAGAUGAAAGAAGCUAUCGUGGCAGAGUAGUUGAAAGUGCCUCUCCGAGACAAAGUCCAAGUCCUCGUAGAAGUGUCACUCCACGGCGUAGUGCUUCACCUUGUAGUCCUUGCUCAAGAAGUCGUAGUCCUGAGAAACGCAACAAUGAUGAGUGAUCAGCCUUCUUUUGCUGCUACUCGCCAUGUCUUCAAGAUGUUUCUCAAUGUGGUGGGUCUGGCGGUUUUUGUAGCUUCUCACCUGGAAAGCUACCUGAGGAAUGAUGUCCUCAUGCAAUUGGAGAGGCAAUGAACUGUAGAUGAACAUGAAGGUCAGAUGAUGUGAUAAUGUAGAAAAGUCGGUUUGUGCAUGAGAUUGGGAUAUAUUGAACUGAACUUUUGGCUACGGUUUGAUACUUUAAUGGAUGUAAUGCAUUUGCAUACUUUGUUGUGGGUUUCCUUUAAUGCUAUAUGGAACUUGCUGAUGGCAGAUGAUGUGUCUUUGUGCCAGUUAUUCAGAGACGUAACCCUGGUUUGUCUUUAGUCUUUUGCGUGCAUUGUUUCAUUUUCUGAAAUACCUAUCUGUUUUAUUUUAUUUGUUUUUUAAUUUUUUAUUUAUGGGUGGGUGUUUAUGCUUUAUAUGAAACAUUAUAUAUUGGAUAAUUUUAACUAAGCAUGAUCACAUCUAGUAUUUUAGCUUUGAGUGAGAAGAAAUGAGGCUGACCAAAAAGCUGAAGGAUGUGAUGUUGGUGCUGCUAAUGGCGCUUGUGUUCGUUUGAUAGAUGAUAACUAACUUUAUGUCAGUAGCUAAAAGGAAUAUACGGUCUCAUGUCUGCUGAGCUGAUCUUUAUUGGUUUCUGUUUUACUGUGAACUUUUCUGAUGGAAACGCUGGUGCUAUUUCAAGUUGACUUAUUGUUGUAAAUCCCUGCAAGUCGGUGAGACUACUAGAUUUGCGCUUUUGAUGUGUGAAUCAGUAUUUGAUCCAUCAUAUUUGAUUUUAAGAAUUUUGUUCUCCAUGAUUUUUAGUUUUUUUUUUGAUGGUCAUGUCUCAAGAAAACUAGAUUGCAUGAGAGGAAUGGUACCUGUGCUGUUGGACUUGUUACUGCCAAUUAUUGCAGCUUUUUUCAUGUCGCUGAUUCCACAUGUGUAAAAAAAUUUCGUGAGCUGUAGUGAGGAAUGUAUCCACAACAGUUGGGUGUGGUAACAGCCUUUUGUUCUUGAUUGUGUUUUUUAGCUGUUUGAGACUACAUAAUCAACUGCAUGUUAGUUUUUGACCUUUGUAUUAUGCGUUGGUAACUUGUAUAGCUUAUUGCUCGUGACUGUAGCUGCGCAGCAGUAGCUGAGCAACUUACUGUAGUUUAUUGUCUCGUGUCCCCUGGUUGCUGCUUUGGCUGAUAAAUUGUCGGUGCCCUUUGUUGGGGUCGAGUCGUGCCAUUUAAGGUUGGUCCAGUAACCGUUUUGAGCCUCUUGUAGCUGUAGUACGAGUCUAUUUUUGGAACUGCCAGUAGAGCUGCGAAGUUGUGUGGUUGUGAGCUUACCUUUUUAUUAUUUACCAUAUUAAUACUUUAUGGGCAACAAUAGGAUUGCCCAUAUGUCCAUCAUUUGUCUCAUCCUGUAUUUCAUUUUUGGUUUUGCACAUGUCAGUUUAAAAUCUCUUUUAUGUUAUUUCAAAAAUUGGUGUGCCAUGUUCCUAAAUAAUUAGCACAAGAUGAGACAUAGUAAUGAGGUAGAUCAUUUGUUAUUCUCUGUUGGGUUAUCUCAUUAAAUUAUAGGAAGCCAUGAGAGGUAACUUGCUGGUUUCUAGUGAUAGGAGUUAAAUUGCUAAGGUGGUUUUGCAGUAGAAAAAGUGCCUGCAAUGUUCAUUUAUAUGCUCUGUUGCUUCCUUGGCCCAGUUUUUGAAGGCUAUGGUCACACUGGAGUAACUUUAUGUCUUUGGCUGGGAUGGAUUGGUAGAAAUGGAACACAAAUUUUUGCGAGAGACGGUCUUUUUGAAAGACCAUCACUAAUUGGGCCGGCCCAUUAAAUAUUUUUUAAAAUAUUGUAAGUAAGCAUUAAGAUAGAUAUAAGUAGAUAUUUAAGAUAUUGUAAGUAGGCAUUAAAAAUAUGAUAAGUAAGUAUUAAAAAUAACUUAAGUAGGCAUUAAGAAUACGGUUUGUGAAAUUUGAAGAAAAUAAGUAAAAUGAUAUUAAAAAAAAAAUCUCAAAAUGAUUAUUGGGGAAAUUUAUUUUUCAAAAUAAGCACUUUUAGCUCUAUGUUGGGGUUUGGUAUUUGUUUGCAUUUACAAAUAGCGGUCUAUUACUAAGUUGAGUGAAAAGAAUUCAAUUCAUGCUGUUGGUGAGAGCGGCCCAUUGCGGAGCUGACUUCUUUGUUGGGCUGCUCUUACUAAUAGCGGUCGAUUGCUGAGCUAAAUUCCUUUGAUUUAACUUAGUAAUGGGCCGCUGAUUGUAAGUAAGAACAAAUAGUAAGUGUAUAUUGAGUCGGACUAAUAGAGAUUGUCUUACCAUGACUGUGAAACGAUCUCAUUUGAGAAUUUGUGUAAUUUUUUUUAUUUUAGUUAAAUCAAAAAUGACAAAUGCAAUUUCAAAGAAACUAAUACUACUAUAAUACUCCCUCUGUUCUUUUUUAUUUGUCCACUUUAAGUUCAUCCCCUUUAAGUGAGAGAA